UUCUCCCUCUGGAAAAUUCUACUGAUCUACAACCAAAUGCACCUUUUGAAAAAUUGUUCAUACCAAACAGAAAUGUCUUAACUUUUUCUGGUAAAAAAAUUCUGUAAGAGUUUACACAGGAAGUAAUUGGCUUAUAUGUUUUGUAUGGAGGAAUAAGGAAGCGUGUGUACAUUUUGGUAGAGAGGGUUGUGACAAUCACGACCAAAGUCCAAAACACACUGAACAGCCGCAGCGUUAUCCUCGGGCAAGCGACCUGUACCGUACCUGCGACCGCGGCAGGCCGGACUAUUCAAGCGUAUGACAAGCUACAUGUAGGGCGGUACUUUACACACUGAAAGAGGAAUAUGCUUCGUUUUUAUCUCUAGAAACUACCGAAAGACGAUAAUGUAGACACAGUGUUGAAUUAUAGAAGCUGUCUUGAGGUAUCCUGAGUAAAGUACGUGUACAUGCAGCUGAGGUAGUCCAAGAUGGCUGCCAGUCAUCGUAGAGGCAGAGGUGAACGUUACUCUUCCAACCUCAGCUCAACGUCUGGCAUUGUAGAGUACAGCUACGUCCAUGAUACAAGUGGGUCCGACACCAGAAAUGGUGGUGUCUACACUGAACGCAAGCAUCCAGUCAUGCAGGCUUCCCAGAUAACGGACCUCCUCAAGCGAAAGAUUGCUGUAGUCUCAGGAGGCAAAGAUAGAAGAGGAGGUCCCAUCAUCUCCUUCCCUGCCCAACCUGCAGAGGUCUCCUUAGAAGACAUUGCCACUUGUUUGUCUUAUCUUGCCACAAUACCCAGUGAGGAGGCCAGGGAGCAUGGGUAUAGCAUCCUGACUGACAUGCGCACGUCCACCUGGCAGUCUCUCAAGGCGUUCUUCAAAGUACUCCAGGAAUCCAUACCCAGCGGUAUACACUCUGUGUAUGUGAUCAAGCCAGAUGCCUUCUGGGAGAGUAAGCGAGCUAGUCUUAGCCUCAAGAAGGAUAAACCACAGUAUGGAUUUGAGACCCUGAUGUUGUCCAAUGUCUCCAAGCUUACAAAGUUCAUUGACCCUCGCGAGCUCACGGACGAUUUUGGUGGAACGCUGCCCUACAACCAUAAUGAAUGGGUCCAGAACAGAAUAGACUUUGAGAAAUUCAUGAAGGAUUCUGAGGUGAUCCAGCGUCGCUUUGAACAAGCUAACGAGGAGGUUCUCUACAGAAGACGUGAUGAGCAGCUAACACCGGAAGAUCUCCUGAGAAGACAGAGAAGACUACGUGAGGUGGUCAUCAACCAACCAAGCAGUGUCUUACAACUUGGUCACGCCUUACUAAGACGUCUCAAGGAAGACGCUGACUCUGGCUUCCGACGUGAUGCCAACGAUCUGACAGAGGACCAGGUCAGGCUCCAGGGACAGCUGGAGCAAGUCUUGGAGGAGUUACAAGAGAGACAGAGUAAACUCAAGAUCUACCUGACUGAUAGGGACAGAGAGCUGGGGGUCAACAUGGACCUGGGUGAUCUGGAAGGAGGAAUUAAGAAGGUGGUUGAUUGGAUUGUUGGGCCCGGUGAGAAGCUUCUAGCAUCACAGGCUGACAUUGGGAACACGCUGAGUGCUGCCGAUCAACUUAGGAGAGAACAUGAAAAGCUGGAACUGAAAUGUACUGACACCUAUGGUAACUUUGCCGAGUUGAGACACGUAGCAGACAGCAUGAUCAAGCAGGGUCAUCCCAGAGCUGAUGAUAUCAGCGCUCAGAAGGAAUUCAUGGACACCGUCUGUAGGAGUUAUGCUUCCAGAUUGGAGAAGCGAAGGAACCUGUUGAUCUGCUCCGUGCGCUUCCAUCGACUAGCUGAACAGUGUUUUGGCAAGAUGGACAUUCUUCUUGAGAUAUGUGUAACUGAAAUAAACGUAGAGACGGUAGAGACGGUCGAGAAUGCACUCAGAGAACUGACGGAACAAUGUGAGGCUGUGGCAUUUGCAGCCGAGGACAGCAAAGAAGAAGGACACUCCUUGCUGGACAUGCUCUCCCUCCCGGUCAAGAACGCCUUCGGUAAAGACAUCACGCCAGACUACACCAAACAGAAGGACCAUGUCGAGGAUCUCUUAGCCGAGUUGGAAGGGCGGAAGGACAGGUGCGAUGAGAUGGCUAAUUUGAGGAAAUUGAAACUGCAGCAGAUCUUGCAGCUUAGGACGUGUGAGAGAGAUGCUGACCAGGCGAUAGCAUGGCUGCAGGAAUUACUGCAAGUGAUGCUUUCACAGCACAUCGAUAUCGGCCGCUCAGCAGCAGAGGCUGAAAACUUACGCAGAGACCACAACAAGUUUGAAGAAACAGCUAGGGGAACAUACAACUACGGCAAAGAACUCCUGAGUGCCGCCCUUGUGCUGAGACGAUCCCUCCGUUACGAUCCAGAACCCAACCACGAGAAAGCCCAGAUACUAGAGCGAGCCUGGAGGAGGUUCACACAGGGUCUUGGGGAGAGGGCAUCCAGGCUGUCCGUGUCACACAUGUUCCAACGAAAUGCUGAAAAGUUGAUAGAUCAGAUGGACAGAGUGUGCCUGGAGCUAGCGCCACAGAUCACCUCCUCGGACCCCCACACCAGCCACAGGCUGCUAAACGCUUACAACCCACGCCGUAACUCACUGCUGAGGGAAUAUGGAGAUACCAUGGCUAUGGGCAAGGCCCUGCUGGAUCGGAUGGUGCUGCCCAUACUCUCACCUGACAGAACUGUGAAGUCUCCCGCUUCGAGUGUUCCCGAUGAGCUCCAACCACAGGUCAACAACAUCAGUCAAAAGCUCUCCGAGCUGGAGGCCAAGAAACGAGAGAUGGACAAAAUCUGGGGUAUUCCCGUCAGUUCUUCCGGGUGGCAACGAUCCAGUUCAUUCCGGUCCAUCCCAGACUGGCAAGAUGUCGCUCAUAGGGAAGACAUGAUUGAACCGGAGUCCGUGACACGCAAGGAAGGUGGUCAGGUGUUCUCAGGCAGGAGAGAAGACAUGAUCGAACCCAUGGCUGUGUCACGCGAGGAAGGCAGUCAGUUUUUCUCGGGCAGGAGAGUACCAUCCUCAGAGAGAUUGGAUCCAAGACGAGUAGCUUCUUCGAAUGGUAGAGUCCCGAGUAAUGGACGGAUGGGUCCUGGAUAUGAAAGAUUCGGCCCCCGUCAAGACAGGAUGAGUCCUGGACCUGAAAGGAUGGACACAUCACCAAGUAGACCCUAUGACCAACAUCCUGGUGCUAUGGGUAGAUCUCCGAAAAGGAUGACCUCGCCUCAUGACCGUAUGUCUUCCCCUCGUGAUCGAAUGUCUUCCCCUCGUGAUCAAAUGUCUUCCCCUCGUGAUCAAGUGUCUUCCCCCCACGACCGAAUGACCUCUCCUCGUGCCCGUUUGGCUUCGCCUGGUUCAAGAGUGGCCCCAAGAGCAACGGCUCACCCCGGUGCAGUGGAUGAACCCAUCCGCCCCGUGGUUGUCAACCAGGUCCAAUCAGCUGCUCCUGUGUACCGGACACCGCCCCCAAACGGUAGGAUGUCUCCACCCCCAUCAGGGAGAGUCAAUGGUGAGCCAUCUCUGCCACAACAACAGAGGGAGGAAACACCUGAAAAUGAAGCAGCCAAAAAGCUUGAGGAGUUUGAAGCCUUGGUGCAUGAGUCCACAGAAUGGAUUCGUGUCAAAGUGGAGGAGAUGACACCCAAGAUGACCGAUGUUGGCACCACACUGGAAGAAGCCCUUCAACUGAGGCAGCAACACAACGACAUGCUCAAACAACUUGCAGCCAAACAGCAACACAUCAACAGCCUCUUGACCCAGGCUGACUUCCUAGUGUCAACCCAACAAUUCUACGAUGACGUUUACGAAGCCAUGGCCCAGUCUCUGGGUGAGGCUUGGAAGGAUCUCAACCUGCAGCUGGAAGAGAGAAGGAAGCUGCUGGAUCAGUCGGUGGCCUUCCAUCAAAGUGCUGUUGAGUUCUCUGAUAAACUUGACAAGGCCAAUGCGCAGUUCAGAUCUCCUGAUCUUCCUCCUGAUAUACCAGGCACUGACAAGCUGAUGGAGGACCACCACAAGAUCAGAGAAGAUAUCCUAACCACGUCCAUGGACACGAUGAAUCUCGGCAAGGAACUAGUGGAGCAACUCCACGCCCUCAGCAAGGACUCCUCCCAAGACGACAAGGACGCCUCCAAGAAAUCCUCCUUGGGUGUGGAGAAGGUCCUGGAUGACUUGCAGGACAGGAGGCGCGGCCUGGAGGAGCUGUGGAACAAACAACGGAGACGAUUGGAGCAGUAUAUUGCGCUGAGCGAUCUGGAUCAGGAAAUUAAUCAGAUCUCUGACUGGUUUAAGACCAGAGGUGAAGACUAUCUGAAGAGAAAGGACGUUGGUGAAGACGCAGCUGCCACUGAACGCCUCCUCAAGGAACAUCUUGACUUCCAGUCUUCGGCUCAAGACAUGCAAGGCAACGUGCACCGCUUACGGCAGACAGCUGAGCAGAUCUCACACUCCAAUCCAGAACACACCGAUCAUCUGCGCAGCCAGACCAGAGCCAUUGAGACACUCAGCGAUGAUUACAUUCGACGCUUGGCCAAUAGGGGAAGACUGCUACAGGCUGUGUUGGACUUCUACAAAAAUGCUGAACUUGCCCAGACGUACCUGUCCCAGGUCGAGAUUCAACUCGGUCCCAAGAAGCUGCCCAGUGAGCCACACAGCAAGGCAGCCCGCCUGGCCCAGCUGGGCAAUGCCGUGGCCGAGAUAUCCGAGCCCGUCAUUCAAGAGGGUCACACCUUACUGGAGAGGGUUGGCAGGGGGACGCCAGGAGCACCCGGGAUCAAGGACAAACUGGACCUGCUGGAGAGCCAGUCCGAACGUCUGCAGUCAGAAUGCAGUCCAGAGACCCAGCACAAAUCCUCCCUACAAGUCAGCUUUGAUGAGAGCUACUCCGUCAUUGUCAAGUGGCUGGUCAACGUGGCCGAUACGUUCCUGGCAGCCAGCACUGACAUGGGAGACCAGCUGCAGACCAGUAUGGAUUUCCAGGACGGCCACCAGAGACUGAUGAAUGAUAUAUUGGAGAGGACCAAGCAAGUUGACAAAGUCUUCAAGACAUCAGCUGAGUUGAUACCAGCUCUAGUAGAUAGAGAGCAGGUCAACGCCUUGCAGAACCGAUGUGACAAACUACAGCAGCACUGGUCCCGUGUGACCGUCUGUGUGGACAAAAGGCUGCAUGCUGUGCUCAUACUGAUCAAAUUCCACAAGCUAACCAAACAGUUGACAAAUGCAAUGGAGAACAUCGAAGAGCAGUUGAACUGUUACAUCAGCAUGGAUGCGCCUGACAUACCAGCCAAGACAGUGCAGAAUCUGCAGGAGAAAUGGAACAAUUCGGUUGAGAUCUAUGUGCAGUUUGAGAACACUGGACGCAACUUCCUCUCUGAGGCAUCUGCUAUAAAAAAUGACCCGGAUUUAGACGUCCAAUCUUCCAAACUGUACGUCAGCCAUGUCAUGAAGAGCUUUGGUGAGCGGAAUCAGUAUCUAAGUGGUCUUUACGACAUGCUGACCAAGCGACUGAACUCUGGCCAGCUGUUUCUGACCAAGUGGCAGAAGUUUGUCCAAGAUGCAAGACAGAGCAUGGACAAAGCACACCGGACAGAGACCGAGUAUUACCCACAGGUGGCCUCUGAUGUGAGCAGGAAUCCAGACGACACCAAGGGAUUGCCUGGCAGAGUGGCUGAAUUUGAGGACAUUGCAAAGAGAGUGAGUGAUGAGUUGAAGGAUCGCAUUGACACCGCCGACUCGCUGGGCAAGAAAGGAGACACCAAGGGAGGACGGGAGAAUCUGAUUGAUGAUCUGACUAAGCUGUAUCAUCACUUCCAGGAUCGCACUGGGAAGUACCGCACACUGCUCAACAUGACCGUCGGAUUCUAUGAUAAUGUCAACAAGCUCAACGGAGCCAUGGACGAGACAGAGAAGGAACUCCAAAUCCCUUACUCCCCGUCGACUCCGACGAAGCUUUCUGAAGCCAAGAUCCGUCUCAAGAGGCUGGAAGAUCAAAAGAAAGACCUGGAUGACAUGUUUGACAAGACGGUGGAUGAAGGGGAGAAGUUGAUUGCUGGCAUCCAAAAGAUUGAUCCAGUGUCUGUCUCAAAGGCUGAUAUUGAGCUGGUUCUCCACAAGACUGGGAUGAGGAAAGACCGACUACUGACAAACUUGGAACAACAGAAGAGGAAGAUGAGUAACUCCAUGGGUGUAGCUGAGCUACAAAUGCACAAGUCUGAGCUCACUGUGAACCUGACCAAAGCCCAGAAGGAACUGAAAGGCAUGCAGGGUAACUAUGGAGACACAGAGGAGACUGCCAAGUCCAAGCUGAGACGCUUUGAUGACUGGAGAUCACAGAUUGAACCUUUGGAGGACCAACUCAAAUCCUACAUGAGUUCGGCCACAGCCAUCCUGAAGCAGAAUCCGCCCGAGUCUGCCUUAGUCCGACAUGACAUGGAUCAGGUCAUGAGACAAUGGAACACACUCGACCUUGACAUAGAUGAUCAUCGAGAUAAACUCCUGCUGUCCAUUGACUUCCAGAAGCUGUUCAAAACAACUGUGGAAUGGCAGAACAAAGGCAACGGUCUGCUGUUGGCCAUCGGUCGUAGGAUCCCCAUCUGCAAAUCUGAGGAGGAGGCUCACAAGCUGAUGGAUCAGGUGGAUGAUUUCCUUGAGAAGGGAGAGAAACCACAGAAGGCUCGCCUACAGAAACUCAAUGAGAUGGCCAGGGAACUCUAUGGACCUGACUCGCCAACGUUUGUCAGCCAGCUGAACAACCUCCAUCUGGCCAACAACCGCCUCAUGUCGUCCUUCGAGAACAAGAAUGACGAGCUGUUCCGCCUCGCCGACCGUCUACAAGAUGAAGACAAGAAGAGGAAGACGGAAUUGGAGGACAAGCGCAAGAAACAGGAAGAUGCAAAGAAGGCAAAGGAAAGGCCUCUUUACGCACCAUUGGCUAAGACAUCAAUGGAGAAAGUGCAGUUAUCCAAACCUCCGGUAGUUGAGACACCCCUGUCUAGAGCUCAGCAUAAACCCGAGUAUGAGCUCAAUCUUACUGGACUGGAUAAACCCAUUGAGGAUGAAGUCAUUGUCAAAGAGACUGUCAAGCCAGUGCAGUCUUCCCGCAAACCCUUGGCACUCCAAGAGCAACUAAUUGCCGCUGGUGACCUGCUGACCUUUGACCCCAUUCCUUCUGACCUCCAAGAUGAUGACCUCGUAACUAAACAGACCGAGGAACCAACAGAGUUCUCCCGUCCUGUAGUCCUUGAGGAACCCUUGGACAAAGCUGAAGUCAGGCCGGCCUAUGAGCUGAACCUGAGUGAGUUGGAUGGACCCAUGGACGAGCGCCCAUCAUCAGUAGAUGAAGAACCCCAAACUCAAGACGAACGUCGCCCGUCAUCUGAAUUAGAUCAUGACUGGGCGGAGCCCGAUGAUGACUAUGAUCACAUUGUAAGACAUACUGUCAGACCAGAGGAGUUCAAACCGACUCGUGUCAAGCAGUUUGGCAAACUGGUCCAGCCAGAGCCAGAAGAAGAGACAAAGCCUAAAGAGACCCUGCCAUACUUCACCCGCUUCACCCGAGACUGCACCAUAAAGGAGGGCAGAUUUGCCAAUUUUGACUGCGUAGUCAAGGGUGAGCCAGAGCCUGACGUCUUCUGGGAGAAGGAUGGUGUUCAACUUGAAGAGACACCCGAGAUCAACAUGGAGUUUGGGGACGACGACUCCUGCAUCUUACACUUCACCCCAGCCAAGCCCCACCUGUCAGGCACCUAUGUAUGCAAAGCGGUCAACACUGUCGGUGAAGCCACAUGCUCUGCAAAACUGACUGUUAUUCCGGACUCCAAGAUUGUCCCAGAGAAGGAAUCGGUGGUGUCUUCGGGCCGCCUGGACCUGGCUUCCAAGAAAGCCCCACGCUUCACUUGGAACCCCGGCGAUCAGAUAGUGGAUGAGGGCAAACCGUUUACACUCACAGUGGAAGUUGAGGGAGAACCUUUGCCAACUGUCGCAUGGACUAAAGAUGGUGAGCGUCUGGGAGACGACUUCUAUCGCUUCAAGCAAGAUGGAGACACACACUCCUUGAUUAUUGAUGACGUCUUGCCGGAAGAUGAGGGCACAUAUAUUGCUACUGCCACUAACCCUGUUGGCAGAGCAGAGUGUACUAUACAGAUCACUGUCAAUGAGGGAGGCUCCUCUCCCCACUUCACCAAGCCUCUCCAAGACGUUGAGGCCAUCGAGGGUCAACGCUUGCAGCUCCAGUGCCUCCUGACCGGCGACCCGACCCCCUCCGUCCAGUGGUACAAAGACGGCGAAUCCAUCGAUACCCACCCAGACUAUGAGAUCACCAGAGACAAGCAAGGAGUCUGUAUGCUGGACAUUGAGGAGAUCUUCAUGGAUGAUGCGGGCAGAUUCACCUGUAGGGCUAAGAAUGAGUUUGGCAGGGCCGAGACGGCAUCUAAGAUCACCGUCACUUCCCUGGAUGCAGACAGACCGCCUACAUUCGUCUCCAAUCUGCACCUAGCCACGCCCCUCCAGGAGGGCCAACCGUGCCGCCUGGAGGCCCAGGUCUCGGCCAAGCCUCCUCCCACCAUCUCCUGGUACAAGGACGGCAAAGCCAUCAGGACUAAGCCGCGCUACAAGACCUCGCUGGUGAAGGACGUCGCUAGCUUGGACAUCCCCAAUGUUCUUCCUGAAGACGCUGGGGUGUAUGAAUGCGUGGCCUCCAAUCCUGCUGGAGCCAACAAGUCAAAAGUGGAAUUAAAAGUUCCAGCGUAUGACAAAGCUCCGGAGUUUGCCACCAAGCCUCAGCCGGCUGAGCCUCCGAAACAAGGCCGGCCGUGCCACAUCGAGUGCCAGAUCUCGGCCAAACCAGCCCCCACCGUGUCGUGGUACAAAGACGGCAAGCCCAUCCAGGACGGUAGGAAAUUUAGGACAUCUUACGUGAAGGGCAUCACCUGUCUGGAUAUCAGUGAUGUUGUACCAGAAGAUGCUGGUGUUUACGAAUGCGUGGCCACCAAUCCGCUGGGUACGGCUACGUCAACUGUGGAAGUCAUGGUACCAGGUUUGCCGAAGCCGCCAGAGUUUGUCUCCAAGAUGCAAGUUGCCGAGCCCCUCCUUGAGGGGCGACCCUUCCACAUUGAAUGCCCAGUCACUGCUCAACCAUCACCCACAAUCACUUGGUACAAGGACGGCAAGCCACUGGGGAACCAACCCAGAUACAGGACGUCGUUUGUGAAAGGCGUGGCCUGCUUGGACAUUGACAAUGCUGUACCUCAAGAUGCUGGGGUCUAUGAGUGUGUGGCAACCAAUCCAUCGGGUACAGCUACCUCAACUGUGGAGGUCAUGGUUCCAGCGUAUGACAAGCCACCAGAGUUUGUCUCCAAGAUGCAAGUUGCUGAGCCCCUCCUUGAGGGGCGACCCUUCCACAUUGAAUGCCCAGUCACUGCCAAGCCGUCUCCUGAAAUCACCUGGUACAAGGACGGCAAGCCACUGGGGAACCAACCUAGAUACAGGACAUCAUUUGUGAAAGGUGCAGCUUGCUUGGACAUCAUUGAUGCCGUACCUGAAGACGCUGGUGUCUAUGAGUGUGUUGCAGCCAAUCCCUUGGGCACCGCUACGUCAACUGUGGAGGUCGUGGUUCCAGCUUAUGACAAGCCGCCAGAGUUUGUGUCCAAGAUGCAAGUUGCCGAGCCCCUCCUGGAGGGACGACCCUUCCGCAUUGAAUGCCCAGUGUCUGCCCAACCAUCUCCCACAAUCACGUGGUACAAGGACGGUCAACCACUUCAGAACCAGCCCAGAUACAGGACGUCUUUUGUGAAAGAUGUUGCGUGCUUGGACAUCAUUGAUGCCAUGCCUGAAGACGCUGGUGUCUAUGAGUGUGUUGCAGCCAAUCCGUUGGGCACCGCUACAUCAACUGUGGAGGUCGUGGUUCCAGCUUAUGACAAGCCGCCAGAGUUUGUCUCCAAGAUGCAAGUUGCCGAGCCCCUCCUCGAGGGACGACCCUUCCGCAUUGAGUGCCCAGUCACUGCCCAACCAUCUCCUACAAUAACGUGGUACAAGGACGGUAAGCAACUUCAGAACCAGCCCAGGUACAGGACGUCUUUUGUGAAAGAUGUUGCGUGCUUGGACAUCAUUGAUGCCGUACCUGAAGAUGCUGGAGUCUAUGAGUGCGUGGCGUCUAAUCCACUUGGCACAGCUACGUCAACUGUAGAAGUCAUGGUACCAGGAUAUGAAAAGCCACCAGAGUUUGUCGCUGAGGUGCAACACGGUGAUCCACUCAUCGUCGGAAGACCCUACCGCAUUGAAUGCCAGGUCUCGGCCAAGCCAACACCCACGAUCACCUGGUACAAAGAUGGCCAACCCAUCGAGAACGAGCCAAGAUUCCGCACGUCGUUUGAUAAAGACAUUGCUGUCUUGGAUAUUGAUGAUGCCAGGCCAGAGGAUGCGGGAGUCUAUGAGUGUGUGGCCACCAAUGCAGUGGGUACUUCUAAGACUACAGUGGAGGUGAUGGUACCAGCGUAUGCUGCUCCCAAGCUGCCCGAGUUCACCUCCAAGCUACAGGUGGCUGCACCUGUCACAGAGGGCCAACCGUUACACCUGGAGUGCCAAGUCCUAGCCGAGCCGGAGCCCAACAUGACGUGGUACAAAGAUGGCAAGCCGGUCAAGGGCAAGCUGACCUACAAGACUCGGUUCUUCAAGGAUGUCGCCAGUCUGGAUAUUGCAAGGGUCUCUCUUGACGACACUGGCAUCUAUAAGUGUGUUGCUAAGAAUGUGAUGGGUACGGUCAGCACAACAGUGGAAGUCAUGGUCAGAGGCUUGCCCAAGAAAGUUGGAGUUCCACCCAAGUUCACCUCCAGACUUCCAUCAGGUACUGUAGUAGCAACAGAAGGGGAACCCACGGAGCUGUCAUGCACCAUCACCUCCGACCCUCCACCUACCGUCGCCUGGUACAAAGACGAGAGGACCGUCACCAACUACCCUCCUUACGAGAUCUCGUUUGAGAACGGCGUGGCUACUCUGAGAAUCAAGAAGACGGAAAUGGAUCAUGCCGGCAGUUACAAGUGUGUUGCUUCCAACAAAGCUGGGAUUGUCACCUCCACAGCUGAGGUUAUGGUCAGGGCACCAGACGUUCCAUCCACAGAUGAGGACAUGGAUACAUCCCAGGGUCCAACUUUCAUCAACAUGUCCGCUCAGGAAUCGGUGACGGUCACCCCAGGUCAAGAGCUACGCCUCACCAUCCGUAUUCAAGGACUGCCUGCACCUAGUGUCUCAUGGUAUCGCAACGAGACUAAAGUUGUUGAAACUGAAACGAUUGAGUGUGUGAAGUACACUGAGACACGAACCCAUACAGUCAAGGAGAUUAAGAGGCACAAGGAGAUUUACUCCCUGGUUAUCAAAGAUGCACAGCCUGAGGAUUCUGGCACCUACAAGGUGGUGGCUGAGAAUGCGGCUGGAGUGGAGUCCAAUGCUGUCCACAUCAAUGUAGCUGAGCAGCCGGCUUCACAUGUGUCUGUAGUCCAGCUAGAGUCCAGACCCCAAGUCUCGGGUCAGCCCAUCUUUGUGGAGACACUCGAGAAGAAGACAGAAGUUGUGGAGAGUGCUCGAGUAAGACUGGAGGUCGUCAUUGUGGGCAGUCCACCGCCAAAGGUGACCUGGUACUUCAAGGAUCGUCCGAUCCGUGAGUCCUCUGAUGAAUACGAGUUCCAGCAGCUUGGUAACAAGUACGCCUUGAUUGUCAAGAAAUCUACCACCACUGAUGCCGGGACUUACUACUGUGAAGCUGAGAACACACACGGGGCUAUUAGGUCUGAGUGUCAUCUUAUCAUCAAAGAGAAAGUACCUCCAGACUUUGUGCAGCCGCUUGAGAGCAUAGCUGCCACAGAGGGCGAAGUCAUCACUUUUGAAGGGAUGAUAAAAGGUGCUCCCAAACCAGAGAUCAAGUGGUUCAGAGAUGACAAGCCAGUGUUUGAGACGUCUCGUGUGAGAUACGUCAAAAACGGAGACAAGAUUGGUCUGAUGAUCAUUAACGUCAGGCCAGUCGAUGCGGGAAUCUACAAGGUGACUCUGACUAAUACGUUUGGACAAUCCACAUCCUCUGCUGUCCUCAGUGUUGAUGUUCCCAAGACCCCUCCAGACUUUGUGGAGCCCUUGGUUGACCAGACAGCAGUGCAAGGAGAGAGAGUGGAGUUCCAUUGUCAGAUUACGGGCGACCCAGAGCCAGAAGUCAUCUGGUCCAAGAACGGUGUCGAGAUACAACCCAGCAAAUAUAUUCAGGUAACGUCUCAAGGGUUGAGCCAAGUACUCAUCAUCCCAGAGGUGGUACUGGAGGAUGCUGGGACAUACAGCGUCAAAGGGAGCAACGAUGCGGGAGAUUGCACCUCGGUGGCACAGCUGCAUGUUGGAUCGGAGAGUCAAGAGAGCAAGGCGCCACGCUUCGUCCGCGCAUUCGGCGACCGCAACACCUACGAGGGCGACAUUGUCCGCUUCGACUGCUACAUCCGAGGCGACCCCAAGCCAGAGGUCGACUGGUACAAGGACGGCGUGCUGGUCAACCAGGGGGUGUUUCAGAUCCUGGAGGAAGAGGACAAGCAUUCCCUCAUCAUCGGCGAAGUCUUCGAUGAAGACGCCGGGACGUACCAGUGCCAGGCCAAGAAUAAACAUGGAGAGACCACUUGCUCUGCUGUCCUCAAGAUCGGAGGUCCAGUAGUCACUGUUACUACAGAAUCUGACAGUGUUGAAACCACCACCACCACCUCCACCAAAGUGACCGCCAUGUUCGGCCAGAGGUCAAAGUUCAAAGAGGACCCGCCCAAGUUCAGCCAGCCGGUCAAGAGCGUGUCACUUGUCCAGGGAAAGCCAGCCUCCUUCGAGGCUGUCAUCCAAGGCAACCCCGAGCCCAGUGUCAGCUGGUUCAAAGAUGACACUGAGCUGAAAAACUCCCCCAGAUAUCAGAUCAGCCUCAAAGGGGGCCGCGCUACCCUCCGCAUCCCUAAAGCGGACGCUAGCGAUGCGGGCAAGAUUAAGUGUGAGGCCAAAAACCCUGUCGGUACCGCUGUGUCCACCGCUGAGCUGGUAGUCAAAGAUGUCACGGAUGCACCUCGCUUCACCCAACGCCUCCAGAGCCAGCAGGUCAAGGAAGGCGACAAGGUCAGCUUCGAGGUGACCGUCACCGGCCUUCCCGCUCCCACCGUCACCUGGUUCCACAACAAGGACGAGCUGAAGUCCUCGGCGGACAUCCAGAUCGGCCGGGAUGGUGAGCGGUGCACGCUGGUCUUCCCGGAGGUCUUUGACGAGGACACAGGGGAGUAUACGGUCAGAGCGGAGAAUUCGGCCGGCGUCGCGUCCAGUCAGGCGCAGCUGAAUGUUAGCAGUGGCAAGGCAGGUCAGAAGGGCCCCAUCCCCGCUGAGACAGUGACUAAGGAGCAGGAUGCUGUAUCACACAGUGCACCACCACCACCACCACCACCACAACAGAGUGCACAGCAGUCUGCUCCAGUAUUCACUAAGUCUCUUUCUGACGUCCAAGCCAAAGAAGGGCAAUCCACCACACUAUCCUGCACCCUCAAGGGCCAACCCCAACCGACAAUCGCCUGGUUCCGCGACGGUGCUAAGAUCGAGCCAAGCCUGGACUUUGAGAUGGGUUACAGCAACGGCGUAGCCACCCUGACUAUACCCGAGGUCUUUACCGAUGAUGCAGGGAAGUUCACCUGCACCGCUACCAACCCAGCUGGUAGCAGGUCAACCACCUGCCAAUUGAGAGUGACAGGCUCUGGGAAACCCCAGACCAAUGCCUUAAACAGUGUCCCUUCAGCCGACAGCAAGACACCCUCUGCUGGUGACACUAAGCCAGAGUUCACCAAGGAGAUGCAACCCAUGCGAUUCAACGAGGGGAUGACCUGCCGCUUUGACUGCGCUGUCAGAGGCAAACCCUUCCCAGAGAUUGUCUGGUUGAGGAACGGUGCCCCAGUCGCUGGGUACAGGUUCAUCCCGAGACAAGACAUGAAGACAGGCUUUGUCUCCUUGGAGAUCACCAUGAUGUUGGACGAUGACAUCGGACAGUACACCUGCAUCGCCAAGAAUGAUGCUGGCGAAGCUGUCUGUAAAGCCUUGCUUAUGACUGAAGCUGACUAUAAUCGCUGGAUGCGUCAGAAAUACGAGGAGCAAGCUCGUCUCCGCGGUCCAGUCCAAGAAUACUCAGAUCCCUUCCAAGAAGAGCCCCUGUCACCGGGCAGGGCCACUGUGCACGGGAGCAGUGUGGACAUGCAGGGCAACGUCUACCAUGAUGUCGAUCAUGAGGGUUACAAAAUCUCCCCGUUUGAGAAGCGUCUUUUGCAGGAAGUUGCUUACAGGGAGAGGUACCUCCCUCAACCUUCCGGUGGGGCGGACGGCGACAAAAGUAUACAGUCUGCUGAGCCAUUCAAACCAUCGCCCUUUGAGAAACGCUUAAUGGGAGAGGUGCAGUUGAGAGAACGCUCGGCAGACCCAUCCCCACCUCGCCCCAGCGAUCAGGUGUAUAAGGUGUCGCCGUUUGAAACCAGACUUCAGAAAGAGAUCAAUUUGAGAGAUCGUCGGACAUCGGGUGACUACCCAGACAUGGCACCAGCGGGGCCUUUCAGUGUGCCUGCCUUUGAGGCCAGGCUCCUCCAGGAUCCCAACUUGCCAGGCAUGGCGACAGAAACAGAGACAGAGACUGAGCUAGAAUCCGGCAUGGAGACAGACACGGAGAGGCCGGGUGCCCCGUGCUUCAUCAAGGAGUUGAAGAACUUCAAGGUCUUGGAAGGCAGCCCCUUCACUUUCAGCUGUAGGGUGGAGGGCUCUCCAAAACCAACGAUUCAGUGGUUCAAGAACGGCCAGCCCGUGGUUCGCUCCACCCGCCUAGAUGUCAAGUCCACCGAGGGCUUUUGCUCACUACGCAUUCAGAUGGUCCUACCAGAGGACAGGGGUGCCUACACCAUUUUUGCAGCCAGCCCUAAAGGCAGAGCUGUCAGUACGGGAAGGCUGUAUGUGGAACGAGUGGAUGAGAACGAUAUGCCACAGCAUAUGAAGGGUGUGCUGGCCCACAGAGUCAGGCAGGAAACCCAAGAAUACAACAUCCCAGAGCGCGGUACCCCAGACAGUGAGGUCAACGAGAAACACUACAAACCGAGUAUCAAGGAGAUACCCAGUGACCUGAUCAUCAAGGAAGGCAAGAUUGCUCGCUUCAACUGCCGAGUCAAGGGUAGACCGCCGCCUGACCUGGUGUGGUACCGGGAUGGGGAGCGGGUCUAUAGUGAUCCUAACCACAGGAUGUUGGUCAACGAGGGCGGUGUUCACUCACUCCUCAUCACCUAUGCCAAACCUGAGGACAGCGGUCAGUACAGAUGUGUGGCAACCAACAGAGCAGGACAGUCAGAGUUUACUGUGGGGCUGUCGGUAGAAGCCAAGCAACAUCUAGUGGCACCAUCCUUCAUCGACAGGAUUGAGAAUGUGACUGCGAUGGAGGGUGAACCUAUCACGCUCAGCUGUAAGGUCCAUGGAGCACCUAGUCCACAAGUCAACUGGCAGAAGGACGGGCAUCACAUCACUAGAGGGUCAAACCGAUACAGAAUUGAGAUGCUACAAGGCGUGUGUAGUUUCUCCAUUGACAAGACGAGUCGUGAAGACAGCGGCUGGUACACAUGUACAGCAUUCAACUCAGCUGGCCGCGUCUCCUGCAGGUGUAAAGUGCAAGUCACCUACCAACCUCCCGUUGGAAAGAUUUACGGGACGGCACCACCCCUGGUGAAAAGGAAGGCUCCCACACAGCAAAGCAGACCUCCAGUGGAGCCUCACUCCUCCGGCUCCAUCUUCACCCGGCCGGAUCAGUACUCGGACGACGAGGAGUUCCCCAAGACGCCCGAGCCUCGCUUCACCAUCCCGCUGAACGACAUGCACAAGAAGGAGGGUGAGAACGCCCGGUUUGCCUGCCGGCUGGAGCCAGCUAGCGAUGAGACCAUGAGGGUAGAGUGGCUCAAGAAUGGAAUGCCACUCUUUGCUGGUUCUAGGAUCAAGACCAGCAACGAGUUUGGCAUCUGUCACCUAGAGAUCCAAGGCAUCUACCCAGAAGAUGCUGGGAUCAUCACAUGUCGAGCUGCUAACGCCAGCGGGCACACUGAGACCUCCGGCAGACUCACAUGCCAGACUAAAGGCUCAGUCAUCUCUGACAGCCAACUGCCUGAGGAGAUGAGAGGAAUACAGAGGACUCUUCAGUACGAGGAAUACCUCAGAGGACCCGAUGAUGCCUUAGCCAGGGAAAAGCCUGCAGCCCAAGCCUACGAAUCGGAGCGGGCUCCCCCGCCGAACUUUGUCAUCUCCCCACGAGAUGUCAAGAAACAUGAGGGGAAAGACGCUCGCUUUGCCUGUAAGAUUGAGCCGACCGGUGAUGGCACCAUGCAAGUGGAAUGGCUGAGGAACGGAAGGCCGUUGUUCACAAGCUCAAGAAUCAAGACCACCUUUGAGUUUGGCAUUGCCAGCCUGGACAUCAAGGGUGUGUAUGCUGAAGACGCUGGAGUCAUCACGUGUCGCGCUGCCAACGAGAGUGGAAAGAAUGAAGUCUCAUGCAAGCUCAUUGUGCACUCCAAAGACGGCCUAGUCACCGAAAGUCAGCUUCCAGACAGCAUGAGAGAGGGCAUUGAGAAGACGUUGGAAUACGAUCGCUCCAUCAGUGACGAUGGUAUUGUAAAGGACGGCCGACCAUCCAGACCAGACACCGGCGUCUACCACGAGGCAGACAGGGCCCCAGCACCACGCAUCAUCGUCCCAAUCAACAGCUUACAGAGAUCCGAGCUACAGAAGGCCCACUUUGCCUGCCGGAUUGAACCUGCCAGCGAUGCUACCAUGAAGGUGGAAUGGUCCAAGGAUGGACGACCACUCAUCACUGGUUCUCGCAUCAAGACUGUCUUUGAGUUUGGCAUCGCCAGCUUGGACUUCAAAGACGUCUCAGCCGAAGACUCUGGGACCAUUACUUGCACUGUCACCAAUGAAAGUGGGCGGACAGAGACAUCUGCAAAGCUGGUUUGCAGAGCUCAAGGAGGUCUGAUCACCAAGAGCCAGUUGCCUGAGGAGAUGCAAGCUGGUAUUGGGAAGACAUUGGAACAUGAUAGAUCACUCAGUGAAGAGAGUGGCAGCGGUCAGUACUAUCCAGCCCAGAUUUACGAGGCUCCCAAAGCGCCGCCUCCAAAGUUUGUCGUCCCCUUGAAUAACGUCAUCAAGAAGGAAGGAGAGACGGCUCACUUUGCUUGCAAACUGCAACCAGCGAGUGAUAGCACCAUGAAGGUGGAUUGGUUGCAGAACAGCAAGCCAGUCGUUACUGGAUCACGCAUCAAAACCAAGCACGAGUUUGGCCUGUGCUCACUGAACAUGAAAGGCAUCUACCCCGAGGAUGCAGGAGUUAUCAUGUGUGUGGCCCAAAAUGAGAGUGGUAGAGCUGAGACCAGUGGAAAACUUGUCUGCAAAGCCCAGCAAGCUCUCAUUCUAGACACCCAACUUCCGGAGGAAAUGAGAGGAAUUGAGAAGACAUUGGAAUUUGAAGAGUACCUCAAAACAGAGGCUAGGCAACACAGCGGUGGUGCGGAGCAAGUCGAUGCACCCGUUCCACCUCAGUUUGUCACCUUGCCAGAACCCUGUGAGGCUGUUGAGGGCGAACCAGCUCGAUUCACUGUCAGGCUGGUGGGCAAUCCAGUACCCAGGGUCAUCUGGUACAAGGAUAACAUCAUGCAAGCUGACGGUUCCCGCACGAAGAUCUGGUUUGAUGGCAUCCAUUACUUUGACAUCCCUAAGACCCGGCCAUCAGACAGCGGCAUCUACAAGGUGGUAGGCAGGAACAAGUUUGGCAUGAUCUCCCACGAAACCAGACUCCACGUCUUCAGGAAGUCUGACCAAGGAGUACAGCUCAAACGAACAGGCAAAGAGUUCAAAUCGGGCGUAGUGGUCAAGCCCCAACUAAAACACGAAGAGAUGUCACCAGAACUACAGCAGGCUCUCCAAGCAAGAAAGGGAUAUAAGCCUGUAUCAGUGGUGCCUAAACCAGACAAAACCGAGGAAGAGAAGCCGAUGAGUGAACUUGAGAAACGUUUUGCCAAAAUGCAUGAAGAAACCAAAUCCCAGACACCUCCCAAGCCUAAACCCAAACUCCCUCCUCCAGUUGCCCAGAAACCUUCCAAGACAGCCCCUCCGUCACUAGAGACCUCAGCCUCUCCUCCCGUUGCGAAUGAUCAGGAGGCUCCCAUUCAGGCUGAAAGGGUGGAACCAGUCCAGCUGAAGAUAAAACUCGAUGACGGAGAGUUUGUUGAAGAUGUGGUGAAACCUAAGCAAGUUAAUAAGGACUUUGCCGCUGUCCCGUUUACAUUGGAAACCACCCUUCCUUUCAGCUCAGAAUCAGAAGAUGAUAAUGAGCCCUUAGUUGAUGAGGUUCUAAGUGCAGAGAAAAAAGAAGGUCCUGAGCAGGUCAAACUUGAUCACAUCCUUGCUGAUAAGCCACGUCCGAGAAGCAGCUCAGAGUCAUCAAGCAGCGAUGACUCGGAGCAAAAUUGUGAAACGAGCAUCACACCCAAACCAGCAAAGGCAGUAGAGAAGAGUCCUUCGGAAUCCUCAAGUGAGUCUGAAUCGGACCAUGUCUAUGAGAAAGCAAGAGUAGAUGAAGCAGCUCUACCUGUCCAGACUAAGAUUGAUGAUCUUCUUAAAUCAUCUGACGAAGAGGAAGGAAAAGAUGAUUUGAAGGAGGAUGGACCACCAGGCUCUUCCUCGAAUGAGGAUUACUACGAACAGCUCCACUCGGAGCCAAAAAAGAAGCGGUCACCGUCUGCAUCAUCUUUAGAAGGUUACCUGACCCCAGAUGAUGUCAAGGGUAAGAAGGAAGAUGAUGGAGAAUACCUGACUCCUGAUGCUGGCAGAAAAGAUAAGAGUAAAUCCGUUGAGUCUGAAGGAUCCAGCUCAUCAAGAUCUAGUGAAUAUGAGGAGGUAGGGUCUCAAGAUGAACCAGUAGCCGCAGCUUCCAAACGGGAUCCGUCUUCGCGUUCAGCCAAACCCAUGGCUCCCAAGAUCAUCGUUCCUCUUGAAGACUUCACCUGCAAAGAUGGAGAAGACGUCUUCGUUGACGUGGAAUUUGUAGCCUCCCCAAAGCCAGAAGUCCAUUGGUUUCUUGACGAAGUCCCCAUUCGCCAUUCCGAAGACUUUGAAAUCGUGAUCGACACCACCAGUAGUUCCUUGUGUAUCCCCGAGGCUUUCCCUGACGACUCCGGAACGAUCAAAGUGACGAUUAAAAACAGCGAGGGUGAAGCAUCCUGCUCUGCAUGUUUAACCAUUGAAGAUUCUCAAGCCAGCAAGUCCACUCAGGGUCAGGCUCCUGAGUUUGUGAUGCCGCCUCAGAAGACCGUCACUACAGCAGGAGAGCCAGCUAGAUUCACCGUCAGGGUAGCUGGCUCACCCGAACCACAGGUGGAAUGGUUCAAGGCCGGCCAGAAGCUCUCGACCAAUCCUCGCUUCAAGAAACUGCAAGAUGAAGAUGUCCACACGUUGCUUCUCCUCGAAACCCGACCAGAGGAUUCAGGAAUGUACCGCUGCGAGGUCAUCAACUCGGCUGGCUCAGUCAGCCACACUGCUCAUCUGGUCGUUGAACGAGGUGAAGCACCCGAUGCAGCUGUACCAGGAGGGGGCCAGGCACCUGUCAUCCACACUCCCAUUAGAGAUACUGAGGUAGGAGAGGGAAGCCCUGUGGAGUUUGCUUGUCAAGUAUCAGGAAUUCCAGCUCCAUCCAUCUCUUGGUAUCUCAACAAUGCCAUCAUCAAGCCGUCCCGCUACUUCCGCAUGAUCUACGAGGACGGCAUCGCCCGUCUCCAGAUCAACGAAGUCUUCCCAGAGGAUGCAGGCACGUACACCUGCGAGGCGCGUAACGGGCCAGGUGCAGCGGCAGUAGCAGCCUGCAGUGCUAGGCUGACAGUUGCAGUUGAAGAAAUUCAAUCGGCGGCCGUGCCCCCUAAGUUUGUAAAGAAGAUUCAAAAGGUGGAGGUCACGGAGGGUCACCCGGCCCGCUUUGACUGCAAGGUCACAGGCAGUCCCCGACCCGAAAUCAAAUGGUACCUAGAAGGGAAGGAGAUCGUGAGCUCGCCCUACAUGAGGAUCUCAGACGAGCCGGACGGAACCUGCUCCUUGGUCAUUCAGGAGGUGUUUGCAGAUGACUCGGGACGGUUCACCGUCAAGGCUUCCAACCCUGCUGGGGAGGUGACUUGCAGCACGUUGCUCGUUGUGGAAGAUAAGACAACAACUGUGAUUGAGAUACAGGAGGAGAAGGUUGACCGAGUCACAGAGGAGACUGUGGAAGUCAUCAAGCCCAUUGAGGAGAAACCUCUAGAGAUUACGAUCACCUUCCAGCCGCCAGAGUUUGUGGAGCCAAUCACGAGUCUGGAGGUCACUGAGGGAUACAAGGCUGUGUUUGAAGCCCGUGUGGUGGGAACGCGACCGAUUGAGAUCACAUGGUACCAUGGACAAGAGCUGCUUGAGCCAUCUCCAGAGAUUGCCAUCACCUUCAAGGACGACACUUGUAUUUUGGAAAUACAGGAAGUCAUUCCAGAAGACUCUGGCGACUACACCUGCAAGGCAGCCAAUCAGGCAGGUGUUACCACCUGCGUGGCCACCCUCCAUGUGUCAGAAGAUGAGGUGAAACCAAAACGGGUGUCAUCUCCUUUGAAGAAGCACUUCGGCUAUGAGGAGCUAGAGGAAUGGAAACCACCGAAGCACUCUGAAAGUGAUGCAUUGUCGAAAGAUGACAAUAAAAAUGAACCAUUGGAAGAGGCUGUAGAGCCAGAGGAACAAAAGGUUACUGAAUCAGAGGCUCCCAUGGACAAGGGGGCUGCAGAGAGAUCACUGUCCGAAUCAGAUGCUAGUUCUGAUGCCUAUAUUGAACUAGAUUCUGUCGAGAGUGAGAGGUUGGCUGAUGGGUCUGUUGAGAAGCAGUCUGAUAGGUCAGGUUCCAGUUCAUCUUCUGAUCAUGACAAUGAAGCUGAUAAAAAGGCAGAUGCAGAUGCUGAUGAUGGAGUUAAGGAUCAAAACAAGGAUUCUUCCGUUCGACUAGGAUCCAGUGGAGGUCCACAAGUGGUUAAUGAUCUUUCAGGAGAGAGCCAUUCUAGUAAGUCAAGCUCUAGAUCUUCAUCUGAUCAUGAAAGUGAAGAGGAUGGUGAUGUCAAGUCAGACCAUUCCAGGUCUUUGGGGAAGGAUUCUGAUGGUGGAAUUCCAGAGGAAAACCAACGUCUGGAACCGGAUUCUACAAGAGGUGGUCAGCUUGCCGAUGAGCCUUUAAAUGAAAGUCAUUCUGAUCAAUCAAGUUCUAGGUCAUCAUCUGAUCAUGAAGAUGAAGAAGAUGCUGGUGCAAAGUCUGAUUCCUCAACGUCGUCUUCGGGAAAGGAUUUGAAUAAUGAUAUCAAAGAGGCAAAACAACAUCUUGAUUCAGAUUCCACUAGAAGUGGCAAAUUCUCAGACAAGCCUGUAGAUGAAAGCAGUUCUGAUAAUUCAAGUUCCCGGUCGUCCUCAGAUCAGGAAGAUGAAGUGGAUGCUGAUGCAAAAUCAGUUUCCUCAGAGUCUUCACAGGGAAAGGACUUUGAUGGUGAUAUUAAGGAGGAAAAGCAACAACCAGAUUCCACUGUAAGUGAAAAGCUUGCAGAUACACCUGUAGAUAAAAGUCAGUCUUCUAAAUCAAGUUCCAGGUCAUCAUCUGAUCAUGAAGAUGGAGAGGAUGCCGAUGCAAAAUCAUUUUCUUCCAAGUCAUCACAGGAUAAGGACGCUGAAGAUUCAGACAAAGAUUUGAAUCUUAAACCAGAUUCUUCUGGAGAUGACCAACAUGUCGAUGAGGAAACUCAUUCUGAUAAAUCAAGUUCCAGGUCAUCUUCAGAUCACGAGGAUGAAGAAGAUGCUGAUGCAAUGAAAUCAGAUUCUUCCAAGUCUUCCCACGGAAAAGGCUCUGAUGAUGAAGAAAAGGAAGGAAACCAACAAUAUCUGGAACCAGCUUCCUCUAGAGGUGAAAUGCUUGCAGAUGAGCCUGUAGAGGAAAGCCAUUCUGAUAAAGCGAGUUCCAGGUCUACCUCUGAUAGUGAAGAUGAUUCUAAACCUGGCCAGUCUUCAGGUUCCUCCCAGACUUCAUUGGGUGAGAGUUCGGAGGAUGAAGCUACCAAAGAAAGUCAUGAUCAUCCUGAUCUUGGCCCCAUAAAAAGUGAUGAGAUUGAAGAAGAGGCAUUGGAAGAACACUCUGACAAAGGAAUUUCAAGGUCUUCAUCCAGUCAUGAUGAUGAUGUGGAUGGCAAGUCUUCAAGUGCUGCAGGUGAGGACUUUGAUGAUGACAAUAGAAACGAUGAGGAAACUCAACUGUCUCAGCUUGAACCAGAACCAAUUGACAGAGAAGACUUUGUCGAUGAAGCACCAGCAAAGCAUCCUGAUCAGUCAAGUUCCAAGUCGUCUUCUGACCAUGAGGAUAGUAAAGAUGACGAAAUUGGUAGGUCUUCAGAUGAUUCUAAGACUUCAUCAGACGAGGACUCUGACAAUGAAAACAAACAUUCUGAGGGAGAGCCAGUUCCUUCUGUAACUGAAGUUUAUCUUGAGGCCAGUGGACCUAGGUUACAUGUAUCUGAGUUUCAAGAGCCUGAAUCAAAAAAUAAGUCAGAUGUUGACGAUACACAGAAACAACAGGAGAAAUCACCAUCUCAUAGCCCUGACAUCUCAUCUGAUGAUGGAGAUUUAGAGAAUGUACAUGGUAAAGAUUGGGACAGCGAGUCUCCAUCAAUAUCCAGUCCCACUACCUCCAGUGAUGCUGAGUACACGUCUGACGAGGACGAAAGUGAACAAAGCUUGUCAGAUGCCCAAGAGAAGAAACAUUCCAAUUCAUCUGUGUCAGAUGAGGUUGAUGACGAAGCACCACCAGUCGCACAGACAUUCCUCGAGUGGGUUGCUCCUCAUUUACCGGAACAACAAAUUGAGAUCCACACAACCAAUUUUGAAGAGAGGUCUUCCCCUGAUGGAGAGGACCAUGAUAGACCUGUUAUCACGUUAGAGCUGACUAGAGAUCUGUUUUCUCUACCGGAGUCCUCAUCUGAUGCUGAAAGAGAAUCAUUUGUUGUUGAAGACUAUCUUGAGGUGGGUCCAGUUACUCUCUCUGGCGAGCUUAUACCAACGAAAACAACCUCAUCGGCAAGUUCCUCAGCAAACUCUUCCUCAGCAGAGUACGACAGUGAUGAUGAGAAAACUGAUGAAAGAAAUGAUGAUGACACUUCUAAGCCUGAUUUAAUUCAAAGAUCCCAGUUAGAUAUAGGAACAGAGCUUGAAAGGCCCGAGUCUUACCAGCUUUAUCUUGAAAUUGACCCUAUUGUUCCAACUCUACCAGCUACUAAAGUGUCUGAAUCAUCCUCCUCUGAGAGUGAAAUGGUCACCGUCAGAGAGAUUCUGGUGGACAAACCAGGCAAGGACUCGAGCUCCUCACAGCCAGAUGACAACAAGCCUUUCACUGUCUACGAAACAUCUGUGUUCCAGCAGACUUUUAAAAAGGUCUCAGUGAAAGAAGUCCUGACAAACAUACCAGUCACAAAAUCAGUAGAAUCUACCGAAGUUGUCCUUCGAAUGAAAACAGAAAAGGAAACAUCUACAAGUUGUUCCUCCUCAGAGGAUACCGAAGACACAAAAGUUCCAAACCAAGCUACACCAGUAGCUGGAGAGAAUUACAUACCCCUCAACAUCAAACUUAAGGUACCUACUUCAUCACGUGAAGAUGAACAUAGGUCCAGUCACUUGACUCUGAACGUCAGUGCCGAGUCUCACAGUCCAAGGGUUGUUGAAGUGUACUUGGAAUGUACACCGAGGGAAGCCUUGCAAUCAGUCUCAUCCCCAGAGAAGCACAGAAAAAUUCUGCUCUCUCAACCAGGCAGUGAAUUAAAACCGAUCACUCUUUUCUCAGCCAGUGAUGAAAGUAAUAAUGAAUCAGUAGAUGUGGGACAAGAAGUUGAGAUAGAUAUUGGUAAAACUCCAAGUGGUUCUGCGGUUGUAACAGUUGGGGAUAAUACUGAGGAGAAACGAGACUUGAUAACAUUAGGCUCUGAUACUGAAGAUGUACAUAAACAUGAAGUGACAACAAAGGAUGGCCAAGAGCACGAAGAUUUGCCAGAGGAUUUGCAAGAGAAAGAACAGGCACAGGAAUCACAAAUCCAAAAUAGAAAUGUUGAGAGUCAGUUCAAACAACCUGAACUGCCUCUUGUGAUUGGAUCUCCUGAUCGUGGUACUCUUAUUGAAGCAGGAGAACGUCUGCCCUCAUUUCUUUCUCCAAUGACAGAAGACCUUCCUAGUUUCUCGAAGAAGCCGUCACUUGGUGCUCCUAUCUUCACCAAAGAGCUCAAAGAUAUCACUGUUCUGGAGGGAGAUGCCGCAAUGUUUCAGUGCUAUGCAAAAGGGGAACCAAACCCGACCUUUGUGUGGUUUAAAGAUAGCAAGGAACUUGGUGAAGAUGAUGACGUGUACGAGAUUAACACCAUGAGUUUUGAGGACUGCUACACUGAGUUGGUCAUCCAUGAGGUGACAGCUGAUGAUAAGGGUGAAUUCAAGGUGGUGACAAGGAAUUCUAAAGGAGAGGCAUACUGUAAAGCACGCCUGACCGUACAGGUCUUUGGAAGUGAGGAUUCGGAGACAGGGACAUCUGGGAGAAGUGAUUCAUCUGACAAAGAAUCCGGCAGGAGAUCAUCCAGUGACAAAGAUGCCAGGCCUGGAAAACAGGACUCAAAGGAUUCCAGAAGCUCAGACUCUAUGCCGCACAAGAGCAGCAAUGAAGAACCUGGUGAUGCAGUUAAUUCUUCCCCAGACAUGUCAGAUGUUGAUUCAAACAUAGAGGCUGACCAAGCCCAUCAUGAACAGGCACCAUCCUUGGAGCUGCCCCCAGUUGAUUUAAAGGCUAGUAACAUCGAUACAGACAACCCAAAUUGGCAUGCUUCAUUUGUACUCGAGGAAGGAGAACCACAGAAGGUUUUUGCCCAGUAUGAAGAGACCCCAUCCACUUCAAUGGUUUUCAAGAGCCAUUUAUGCACUGUUGGUCAUGUUACAGUUGAGCCUGCAAAUGAAUCUCCUGAUUUCCAAUAUCCUGAACCAACUGACGAGAUCUCUGAAACUUCUGUUGCUCCUGAAGAUGAUAAGAACAUCCUGGAAGAGAAACAAAAUCAACAGAACAAUUACCAGAAAGACCUGCUACCUGAUGUAUUAGAGCAGGCUGCGUGGGGAGCGUGUAACAACCCUCCAAAGCAGAUGGUUGUGGAAGAUCUCUUUGCAGCUGUGACUGUCGAGCCUGACUUGUGCAUUGCUAGAGCUGCUGAUGACACCUUUCUUGUUGAGAACGUACAGACCGAGCAUGUCGCGACUGAGCCAUCGGAUGACUUCGCUCAACCAGGCCUGUUGCAUGUCACCAAUGAAGAAGCUCCUCCCUCUCCCAAAGAGAAGGUUGAUGAGGAGAAACCAAUUGAAAUCCCGCCAGUCACUGUUCCAGCCAAGCCUGAAGAGAAACCACUUCCAAAAGAUGAAGAAGCAGAAAUCCUUCCUCAGGAAAUCAUCCAAGAGAUGAAACCCAAGGAGAUUCUCCUGGAAGCUGAGUACCAAGAGCUUCCUAAGGAGGAGCUUGCGGAAGUCAUUCCUCCCCACUUCACCAAGACCAUCGAAACCUUGACCGUUGCCGAUGGUGACAUGGCUCGCUUCACCGCUGUUGUGUUAGCCAAGCCGAAGCCGGUCGUCAAGUGGUACGUUGAUGGUUCCGAGAUCAAGGAUGAACCAGAGUAUGAGGUGACCUCUACUGAUGAUGGUGUAUGCACUUUGACCUUACCUGAGGUCAUCCCUGAAGAUGAGGGAGAGUACGUGUGCAAAGCUAUCAACAAGGCCGGGGAGGAGACAUGUACAGCAAUGCUCUUUGUUGAAGAAGACGACUCAACAGAAGUGGAUACUGAAGUCGAGGUGGUGACAACUCGCAAGACAGUUACCAUGACAGCAGAGGUCACUAAAGAGGAAGAGGUCCUCCCAGUGGAAUUUGAGAUCAAACCGGAGGAAGAACGUCCAGAGGAGAAGGCCCCGGAAGAGGAAAAACCGGAAGAGGAACAACCACAAGAGGAAAAACCGGAAGUUGUCGAAGAGGAAAAACCAAAAGAAGUGGUGGAAGAGAAACCAGUCCAGCCGCUUGUUGAGGAGAUUCCAGAAGAUCAACCUGAGGAAGUUGAAGAGGUUCCAGAGGUGCCAGUCACAGUCAUGAAAGAACCCAUUGUGGAAGAAGCCCCAGAAGUGACUGAGGAAGUUGCUCCCCUACCUGAAGACGCAACUGAUGUAGCCAAACCGGUCGAAUUUACAGAAACUACAGAAUCUACAGAAACUGUUGUCAUCAGCAAAAGGACCGCUGAAACAGUGGAGGUGGAAGUCACCACAGCUACGGAAACCGCCGAGACCAAAUUCAUUGCCAUGGGUAACUACCUGGCCGAGUCUGAAGAGGUGAUGUCGCUGCGCGAGGGCGAUAAACUCAUCGUAGUUGACGAGGGGACGGGAGACUGGUGCUUGGCUCGUAGCGAGAUGACACAGGAAGAAGGAUGGGUGCCGAGAACCUACCUGGCAACUGAGGAACAGUAUGAGGACAAGCUGGAAGAACAACUACAGGAGAACAUCAGUAUGUUGCCCACUGGAGCCGCUUUUUCCGAUGCAGAGGAAACAGUCGAGGGUGAGCCUGAGGCACCGGUAUUCAUCGAACCCUUGGAGACAUCCAAGUGCAAAGACGGCCAACCGGUUACCCUGAAGUGCCGUGUUGAGGGGAACCCCAUGCCCACCAUUGCAUGGUAUCGUCAGAGCACCCCUAUCCCACUGUCUGAGGACUUUGAGAUGGAAUAUGACGGAAGCAUGGCAACGCUGAUGAUUCGGGAGGUCUUCCCAGAGGAUUCUGGGAAGUAUACCUGCGUGGCUAAGAACCAAGGAGGGAUGGCUUCCACGAGCGCUGAACUUCUUGUUGAAGUUAAUUUGUCGGAUGUUGAGAGCUAUGACAGCAGCCACACACCAGUCUCAAGGAAGAGUCUCUCCAGGGAGUCAACUGUGGAAGAACCAGAAGGCAUCAAGCCAGCCUUCAUGUCCAAAGCCAAAGCCAAACGCGUCGACGAGGGUCACAGCAAAGUGGUCUUUGAGUUCCGUCUGAUCGCUGCCCCACGUCCCACCAUCUGCUGGUUCCACAACGACCAGCCCAUCGAAGAGACGUCCAGGAGAAGGAUGAGCAUGUACGCUGACGUCCAUCUUUAUAUCCUGACCUUGGAGAUCAAGGAUGUCAAACCAGACGAUGACGGUAUCUUCAGGAUCGAAGCAAGGAACAAGGAGGGGUCAGCCUCAGCGACUGUGGUUCUUGAAGUCAAUCGACUCAGUCUCGAUAGUCUGAUGAUUCUGUCCACAAUGCAUGCUCUCGAAGAGUCCUCACCUCCGUCUGAGAUAGUCUGCUUCUCUCCAACUUUGCAUGACUCCUCUAACCCAUUUGAUUUCUCCAAACCCGAGUGGAUAGUUUCUGAGACAUGGGAAGUCCAGAAGUCUCUGACAGCAGGAGAGGAACCUGAACCUCCUCGUUUCGAGGAACCUCUGGUCUCUCAAACUGUCAAAGAAGGCGAUGUCGCCAAAUUUGAGUGUCGAAUCAGUGGCAGUCCUAAGCCUGAGGUCUCCUUUUUCCGUGAUAACAUCAUGCUGACCAAGAGCGAUGUGUUUGAGAUCGGCUUUGAUGGGACAGACAAGUAUUGGGUGACCAUGAAGGAGACGGUAGUGGGCGAUUCGGGAACUUUCACCUGUAUGGCUGAGAAUAUCGCUGGGAGGACAAUCAGUGGAGCUGAACUCACUGUACAGAGAGAUGAGACCCAAGAAGUUGUAAUAACAACAGAUGUGACAACCACCGAGGUCACCAGUGAAAUAGAAAGCGACUUUGAAACUCGCUCUGAGGUGGAGACCCCAGCAGAGGUUGAAGGCCAACCCCCUAAGUUCCUGAAAUCACCAGAAGAUGUCGAGACUCAACCUGGGGAGAGGGCUGAACUUGUCACAAAGGUCACUGGGUCACCACUGCCAGAGGUCACAUGGUAUAGGGAUGGCAAGGUGGUCCAACCAAGUGAUCAUCACAAACUCGUUGCUGAUGAUGAAGGCAAUGCGUCACUGAUCAUCCCAGAGGCCAAACCUGAAGAUGACGCUGAGUAUCUCUGCAAGGCUCAGAACAAGUUUGGAAUGGCCACUUGCAGAGCUGAUAUCAUCAUCGAGGAAGAAUUGAGUGUAAAGAAAGGAACACCCAAAGUUGUCAUCCAGCAGGAUCUCCUUGAGCAGCCAAGCAGAGAUACGGAGCAAAUCAGCACCAGUGAAGCCCCCUCGAUAUCAGAGGAAGAAUUUGAUAUGGAAGAUCAUAGCUUUGGUGCCGUCAUCAUGCCAUCACCCAUUCUCAGUCAGGGACUAAGCCUCCAAGAAGUCAUGCCGGAGUAUGAGGAGUUCUCCACUGAAUCUGAGUUUGAGAUCAGGGUGUCUUCUGAAGAGGUCUCUAAGGAGGUUGAACAACCUAAAGAAGAGCAACCGGAGGAAGAGGUAUCAGAGGAGAUGGCUGUCGAGAUCAUUGAUGGAGUAGAAGUGAAGAUCCCUCUUAAGAAGAAGAAGACACCAGCUAAGAUCUCAUCGGAGGAAGCAGAGUAUGAGCUCAGACCGAGGCGAACUUCAGAGGAUGUUUCUGCUGGCUUCAAGUUUGGCAUUCCACGUCCUAGAGAGGAUGCUGAAGCUAAAGUGACUCUAGAAACACCUCUUGAGAGGACUGAAACAGAGCUUCCAAUUGAGGCAGCUCCCAAGGAGCUACCAGAGGUGCAGUUCAAGGUUCCUGUCCCUGAAGACAAGGCUCCUCGUGUGACUGAUGAGGUAGACAUCGCAGUGACUGUCUUACCUAAAGAGGAGCAACCGGAAGAAGCAGCUCCUGAGAAGCCUCUAGAAUCCCCAACCUUCGUCCAGCCCCUUAAACCUCAAGAAAUCACAACACACACCGAGACCAAGCUAAUAUGCCAGGUGACUGGGAAGCCCAUGCCAGUGGUCAAGUGGUACCUCGAUGACGUUGAGCUGUUGCCAGAAGAUGAGCAUUACAAGAUGGAGCAACUGGAGGAUGGAACAUGUACUCUGACCAUCAGAGAUGUCUUGGCUGAGGACGAAGGCGCUUACUCCGUCAAGGCAGUCAAUCUGGCUGGAAGUGCCGAAACGGAGGCUGAGAUGCUCAUUGCUCCAGAAAAAAAACCUGAAAUUGUUCCAGUUGAGGAAGAAGAGAUCACAGAGGCUCCCAAGUUUGUCGAGGAUAUGGUCGACAUGGAGAUCAUUCGGGGACACCCUGUCCAGUUUGAUGUCCAGGUGAGCGGCAUUCCCAUGCCAACCCUGACUUGGUUCCGAGAUCGGAAGGAGAUCCAGCCCACCGAACACUUCACCAUUGAGUUCAGCGAAGAGGAAGGGUUCGGUUCUCUGAUCAUCCAAGAAGUCUUGAGUGACGAUGAUGCGGAGUAUACCUGUAAAGCCACCAAUAAGGCCGGUCAGGCAAUCUCCAAAGCGGACCUCUUCUUACAGCCGGCUCACAAGAAAGAGCCAGACGAGCACCCACCUAUUUUCAUCACGUCCCUGCAACGGAUGAGCUGCAUUGAGGGCGACUGCGUCAAUUUUGUCUGUAAGGUCUUCGGCAAUCCCGAACCUGACAUCACUUGGUACAGGAACGAGGUUGAGAUCAAACUCAACCCUAAGGUCUCCAUGGAUUAUGACCAGUCCGGCGUCUGCACCCUUCUGAUUAGAACUGUAUCCAUGGAGGAUGUUGGGACCUACUCCUGCAAGGCGGUGAAUGUAGCCGGCGAGGUGUCUACCAAAGGGGAGCUCAUCGUUGAAGUCCCGGCCAGCAUCAUAGAGGGACCUGAGAGCCUAACUGUCCGGCGAGGCGCACCUGCCAGAUUCACCUGCAAGAUGGGCGGAGUGCCCAAGCCAAAGAUCCGCUGGACCCACAACGACAAGACGGUCAAACACACCAAGAGGGUGUACACAGAGAGGACCGAGUCUAGAACGACACUGGUCAUCACGGAGACAGAGGCUGAUGAUGAGGGACGAUACAACGUGGCCGUGGAGAACGCAGCUGGUACUGAUGAGAGAUACGUGUCGCUGGCAGUCAUAGAUGUUCCAGACUCUCCAAGCAAGCCAGAAGCCACUGAAAUCUCUCAGACCUCGAUCACGCUCAGCUGGACCAAGCCCCUCUACGAGGGAGGACUGUUCAUCACCGGCUACAUCGUCGAGAUGAUGGAGAUCACUAAGCAGACAUGGGUGACAGUCACCACGGAGAUACAGACAACGACUUACAUAGCCGUCGAGCUUACCCCUGGGACAGAAUAUCUGUUCAGGGUGAUGGCCAUCAACGAUGAAGGCAUGAGCAAACCUAGCACAUCGGAAGUCAUCAUUACACUUGAGAAAGGUGCCAAACCCAAACCAGAGGAGGAAAAAGCCAGACCAGACCAAUCCUUCGUCAAGUCGGCCGAAUUGUUCCCUACGGAAGGUACGCUAAGCCUGGCUGAUUUUCUGGAAUGGGAUGUUGUUGCAUUUCUGGCAGUUUUUGUUUCCGUUGGUUACGUCUUUUUAUUUUUGUUGUUUUAAAUACUUUGCAUGAUAGAGAUUUUUGGUGUAUUCAUGAUCACUGAGAAGCUUUGUUAUUUGACUAUUAAAUAAAUUUUUCAGUUGUAAAUAUUUUUUUUUUUUUGUAUAUGUCACCCAUUCCAUUCUCAUCCUAAAGCUAGACCAAAUUUUCAAUUUUUUUAGUUUUGUUUAUUUCGAUUUCAGAUCAAUUGGCUUCUUCUUAAGCAAAAUGAAUACACCAAAAAUAUGUCUCUAAUAGCUUACACUGUUGUACUAACACUUGAAAGUUGUUUUAGUGUUUUUAUAUCUAACUAAAAUUUAAGCAAUUGUAAAUGAGCAAUAGAUGUUAAUUGAAAUUUAGAGUCAGCUUUUUAUAUAUUGGAAAAUGUCUGAAAAUUUCAUUGGCUCUUUGUACCAAGUGGUCCAAAUUUUUAAAAGAGCAAUAUUCCAAGGAUAUUUUUGUUUUACAUGAAUCUUAUUGUACAGUUUUUAUACAAAUGUUGAUUCGUAAUUUUGCUCCAUACCUUAAUUAAAUAUUCAUACCAAACUAUUUUUUAUUACUCUGCAAAAAGUGUAUUUUAAUCACCUCUAUAAUCAGGAUUAUUACCCAAAUGUAAAUAUUAAAUUUACGUAAAUUAUUUACAAUUGAUUUUCUUGAAUGCCUCUUCCGAUCAAUUCCAAAACAUUUUAUUUUCGCUUUAUUUACUAACAAAACGUUUGACUGCACAUUUUAAAAUUAUGCAUGAGUUAUUAAUCACAUAAAUUGUAGUUGUUCUUUGGCAGUUGUUGAUUGUUCACUUUUGAUAACUGAAACUUAGUUGUCAUUUUCCUGUGCUCAUAUUACUGUUGAUGACUGAUUACGUCCAAAGAAUACUUUUACUGUAAUUAUUUUAAAGAUCAGUCCACCUGCAACAACAAAAUCUCAGGUUAACAGCGUACAUUUUGCCAGUUUAGUUAAACUUUGUUUUUAUUUUUUCUACACCUGCUGCAUGGCUAUUUUGCACUCAAUUUGCAAGACUUACCGUUCACUUAAAACAGUAGUAAAAGAAAAGGGAAUUUCCAAGUUUUUUUCCGAAUUUUAUUAAAACAUUGGAGCCAGGUAUUGACAAUUGUCAAGUUAAAUUUGUGGCUUUAUAUUUUCUAGCGUAUACCAUCAGGUUGGGGCAGACAAGGCGGUCUUUUUACGGAGGUUAAGCCCCGUCCUGACAAAAUAUAUUCCAGAAUGCUGCAUGUGUGAACUAAUGCUGCCUGGUCUCAAAUUUCCUUUGAAACAGUAACUGAAACAACUCCACAGUGGGGAAAAAAUCCAGUAAAAAACAAUCUCUAGCAAUUUUAAAAUCUUGAUUUGUAUCCAAAUGAUCAUAUUUUCUCUUCAUUUAAAAAAGAAGAAGAAAGAAAAUGGUAUUCUGGAAUCAUUUAUAUAGAGGACAAGUUUAAAUUCCAAACUCUUUAAGGAUCAUUUACUUUUCUACCAAAUUUGCCGUCAAAUCGCAAUUAACUCGAUCAAACCUUUUUGUAAAUGGUGUGAAUAAUUCACCUGGUUUUGAAGGAAUAUUUGGCAAAUACGUAGUUGUAAGACAGUUCGUUUAUUCUAAAUGGUAUGUCCAGAUAAUACACAUGCAGCUUUCCCUAUUUUAAUGUCUGCACCUUUUACUGAACCAGGACUAUUGCGGGCAGGAGUAUUUUGUCGUCUGUAUUUCUUUUAUUACAUUUUAGUUAUAAACAUUGUAUUGUUAGUAUUGUUCACAUAACCUUGUAUUGUAAGCUUUGGUUGCAAUAUAUGCAUCUUGAAAUUGAAAAAGUU